UCGGGGGGCUCCUCCCAUCGAAUCGGAAUCGGAUAGGAAGCAUGGAGAUCUCGCUGGAGGCGUCGUGGGUGGGCGUGCAGCGGCACGGGCAGGACCUGGCGGACCGCCUCGCGCAGGGCUUCUCGGGGCUGCUCCUCCACGCGCACCCGCCGCAGCUGCCCCCGUGGUCGCCGCCGGCGCUGUUGCCGCCCAAGAUCGUCAUCCCCUUCGACAUCGACCUCCCCGUUGUCCCCUUCGUCGGCGGGGUGCGCCGCGCGGCCGGGGCCGUGGACCUCCCCGCCGUCGCCGUCUCGUCGCUCGUCGAGAUCGGCGGCAGGCUCGGGCAGGCCGGGUCCGAGCUCGGUGCGGCGGUUCAGCAGCUCGCGCGCCUGGUGCCGGUGCCUGUGCCUGUGCCUGUGCCGUUCCUGAAAUGGGAAGCCGCACAGCCGCCGACCGUGGUGGCAGUGGACGAGGGGGAGGUUGCUCUCGCUGUGAGGACGGUUGCGUCCACCAACGUCCCUUUGGAAAGGGCUGUAGACAUAGGGUCCCUCGAAGUGGCAGCGGCCGCUGCUGCUGCGGCCACUGGAAGUGCCACUGCAGCUAGUGCGGGUGCGGUUGGGGCCAUGGGCGACGAUGGACUGGAUGAGGAGGAAGACGGAUUUGAUUGCGAAAUUGGGACAUUGGAGAACUUUGAGAAGGCUAAGGGCACUGUAAAUAUCUCAGCAACUUACAACACCAGGCACAAUGACUUCGAGAGUUCAGUAGUUGCACGAGGAGACCUUUGGAGGUUAGAGUCAUCGCGUGGCAAUUUAAAUUCUGGAAAUGAUAGUUCACCUCUUUUCCUUGUUCAACUGGGGCCUUUACUGUUCGUUCGAGACUCCACGCUUCUUUUGCCCGUUCAUCUAUCAAAGCAACACCUUCUUUGGUAUGGUUAUGAUCGCAAGAAUGGAAUGCACUCCCUAUGCCCAGCUAUCUGGUCAAAGCAUAGAAAAUGGAUGCUGAUGUCAAUGAUGUGCCUCAACCCUGUAGCUUGUUCCUUCAUGGAUGUACAAUUUCCAAAUGGACAAUUGACGUAUGUUGCUGGUGAGGGGAUAACAGCAAGUGGUUUAAUCCCUUUAUUUGGCGGGUUACUCCAAGCACAUGGAAAGUGUCCUGGUGAUACAAGAGUGAGCUUCUCUUUCAAGAACAAACAAGGUACUAGGUUCACUCCAACGUUUCAGUGGCCUGACAAUUCCGUUUCACUUGGAGUUGCACAAGCUGUAGCAUGGAAGAGGUCUGGCCUUAUGGUGAGGCCCAGCAUUCAAAUCAGUGUUUGCCCCACUUUCGGAGGAAGUGAUCCUGGAAUACGCACCGAGUUUGUCCACUCUUUGAAAGACGAACUCAGCGUAAUGUGUGGUUUCUCUUGCUCACGACAUCCCUCAGCAUUCACAUCUCUCUCUCUUGGGCGAUCCAAAUGGAAUGGCCAGGUCGGCAGUUCGGGACUAGUAAUCACCUUGGAGACACCCCUUGACAACAUGGCAAGGCCUUCUUUAUCUGUUCAAUUGAACGGGGGUUUUGAGUUCUGACGUCCCCCGUCGUGAGCUCUGGAUACAACUGUAUAUACCGUAUCUCAUUUCGAGAAGAUGAUACCACUGUAUAUAUUGUACGAUCCCCGUAGACAUAUAGCUGUGUUUCAGUAGAUAUCUUCCCAACGAGUGAAGUGUAUAGUCCAAAGAAAACAGAAAAUGGCCUACUGUUUUGGUCCACUAUGAAUAAAUUUGAAGGCUCAUAUGUCGUGCGUUACAACUAUUUGUCUUAAUAACAGCUAUACUCCUAUGUCAAUCUUUU